GACUGUCCUCUGGCACCACUGCCUUGGUCACUCGUCAGUGCAGCGCCUUUGCGGCAUCCACUCCAUGUACCUUGUCUCUGGUCUUCCCAGAGUUCUCCCUCGCCUGCCACACUCGCCUGCUCCUCCCUGUCUUCCCUGUGUCGAGGGGCGGCAGCGCGCCGCUCCUCACUCCUCCUCGUUCCCUCCCACAGAGGCUCCCCUGCAGACUCUCCACUUGGACGUGUGGGGCCCCGCCUGCGUCCGGGGACAAGGCCAUGAGCGGUACUUUCUGCUGGUCAUCGACGACUACACGCGCUACACCACGGUCUUCCCCUUGCGCAACCAAGGAGGUGGCGAGUUUUCCUCUAACCUCUUGGCAGCCUACUGUGCGGAGCACGGCAUCCGCCAAACGUUCACUCUCCCCGGCCUCUCCGCAGUAGAAUGGGUGCAGUACGCCGCGCAACAGCUCAACCUCUGGCCCCGUGUCUCUGUUCCGGAGACCUCGCCUACCCUGCGUUGGACGGGGGAGGUUGGCAACGCGUCGGUGUUCCGAGUCUGGGGAUGUCGAGCCUUUGUCCACGAUACGUCCGCGGACAAGCUCUCCUCUCGUGCAGUUCCCUGUGUCCCGUCGGAAGACCCCCUCCCUCCCCAGGGUGCUGCUCCCUCAGGUGUUUCCCAGGUAGACCCGGUCGAGCCUGUCGAGGUAGCUGUUGACUCUGGUCCUGCGCGAGGUGCUGAGCGUGCUGAGCCUGGUGGUGCUGGGUCUGGGGGCACUGAGACUGGGGGUGCUGAGCCCGGGGGGUGCAGAGACUGA